CAGCCAACCAACCCCUGAAGGCUGUUCACAGCAAUCUGACCGGCCCUCGAGAGCACCGACAGUCCUGCUCCGUAGUGGGGAGUAAGCAGGGAGCCCACCAAACCCAACCGGCACAAGGCGACGGAACAAAAUGGCUGCCCUGACUAUAGACCCCGUGGAGCAGCCUCGAAUGUACCAGCAGACCCUGCUGCAGGAUGGACUGUGUGACCUCUUGGAGAAUGACAAGUUUGUGGACUGUGUUCUGAAAAUCCAGGACAAGGAGUUCCCUUGCCACCGCUUGGUUCUGGCAGCCAGCAGCCCCUUCUUCAAGGCCAUGUUCCUGUCGGACCUGGAGGAGAGCAAGAGGAGGGAGAUCAUCCUCAAAGAUGUGGAGCCUGGUGUUAUGGGGAUGAUCCUGCGCUACCUUUACACAUCUGACAUUAACCUGACAGAGCAGAACGUCCAGGACAUCUUCAUGGUUGCCAACAUGUACCAGAUCCCCUCCAUCUUCUCAGUAUGUGUGUCCUUCCUCCAGGAGAAGCUGGUUCUGGGUAACUGCCUGGCUAUCUUCAGAUUGGGGCUGCUGCUGGACUGUCCAAGGUUAGCUCUGGCUGCCAGAGAGUUCAUCUGCGAGCGCUACCCGGUUGUUGUCAGGGACCAGGACUUCCUGCAGCUCGGCCCCAGUGAGCUGGCCAUCCUCAUCACCUCCGAUGCUCUCAACGUUGAGCGGGAGGAGCAGGUGUUUGAAUCCCUGAUGGAGUGGGUUGGGCACGAUGAAACAAAUCGGCUUAAGAAUCUGCCGGAGCUGCUGCACUGCGUUCGAUUCAGGCUCAUACCUUUGGAUUAUUUCAAAGAAAAGGUGGAGCGUCACCAGUUCAUCCGGUUCAGCCAGGAGAUCAAGAAGGAGCUGGAUCUUGUUAAGGAUGCUCACAAGGGGCGGCUCCCCAAGCCGAAGAAGAUGGAGAACGAUGGGGCAAAGUGGGGAGAGGGGAGUGAGGACGAGGAGGAUGAUGAGGAAGGGUACCUGCCGGGUAUCCUCAACAACAACCCUCGCUUUGGGAUGUUCGAGAUGGAACUGAUACUUAUGAUCAAUGACACGGGGACUGUGGCCUACGACCCGGUAGGAAAUGAGUGUUUUGUGGUGUCAGAAUCUACAGAAAUUCCCAAGAACCACAGCAGCAUGGUGACGAGUCAAAACCAGGUGUUUGUAGUUGGAGGACUUCUCUACAACGAAGAGAACAAAGACGAACCCUUCAGCUCUUACUUUCUGCAGUUUGACCCAGUAAGUUCAGAGUGGUUAGGGAUGCCCUCACAACCCAACCCUCGCUGUCUGUUUGGCCUGACUGAAGCUGAAAACUCCAUCUUUGUUGUUGGAGGAAAGGAACUAAAGGAUGGAGAGCACGCCUUGAGCUCAGUUAUGAUCUAUGACAGACAGUCAUUCAAAUGGGGAGAGUCGGACCCUCUGCCUUAUGAAGUGUACGGACAUGGAACUGUCUCACACAACGGUCUCGUCUAUGUCACUGGAGGAAAGUCUGAAAGCAAGAAAUGUAUGAGGAGAGUCUGCGUUUACAACCCCACCAAGUUUGAAUGGAAGGACCUGGCCCCUCUGAAGACGGCCCGCUCUCUUUUCGGCAUCACCGUCCACAACGACCAGAUCUUUGCAGCCACCGGAGUCACAGACUCAGGCCUCACCAGCACCGUGGAGGUCUACGACAUCGCCACCAACACGUGGUCUGAGUUCACAGAGUUCCCUCAGGAGCGCAGUUCCCUCAGUCUGAUCUCUGCUGGAGGUUUCCUGUAUGCAGUGGGAGGCUUCGCCAUGAUGCCCAGUGACACCAGUGAAGAACCAGUCCCAACAGAGAUGACCGACAUCUGGAGGUAUGAUGAGAAGGAGAAGUGCUGGAAUGGGAUUUUGCGAGAGAUUAGCUAUGCAGAGGGAUCCACUAUCCUUCCGGUGUCUCUCAACACUCUGCGUCUCACCAAGUUAUAACUGAACCGAACUGUUGGUGCCGUGAGUUUAAUGAUGGGGGUAAAUGAGUGCACUCAUUAUGGACACUGGCCCAAAUUAGCUGAGGGUAUAUAUAAUGUUUCAGGGUAACAAUUGAACUCAGUCUCUGAAGAUGGAAAAAAAAGAAGUGUUAUGAAAUCAGCAUCAAGUUGUUUUAUCUCAUGUUUUACAGCAGGGGGCGACAGAUACAUGUGAAGUAUCAGUAGAAGAUGAGUUAGAAUAUGACAUCAGAUUUAUUUUCUAAGAAGCUAAAAUGUUA